AUGGCAAGCUCCACUCUCUUCAAAAACCUUCCAAAGUUUGGUCAUUUUGGUGCUGCAAUUACAAGAAGAUCAACAACCUCCAACACUACUCUCAUUUUGGCUUCUAACCCUAAAUUUAUUCAUACAAAUCUAUCACAAGAUGGGUCAGAAGCCAAAGAUGCCAUAAACCCAGGAGCAAAUGAAGGAAUGAUGCCCGGGGAAAAUAUGAUGAAAGAUAAGGCUUACUCUACUGCAGAACAUGUGAGUGAAAAGACAAAGGACAUGGCAGGAAUGGUAAGUGCAAAAGCACAUGCAGUUUCAGCAAAGGCAAAGCAAGCAAUGGAAGCAGCAUGGGACUCAGCAAAGGACACAGCCCAAAGAGCAAAGGACACAUUGGUUGACACUGCCAAUGACUCCAAACAAUUUGUCAAAGCAAAUGUUAAGUCUGUUGAGAAGAGCAUGAACACCAAGAACCAUUCUUAA